AAUAUGGCGGCUGCGAGCGAGCCGAAGCGGGACGCCGGCCUUUCGCUUUGAGCUUUCUUGCGCUAACAGAGGCCGUGGCUCUCCGCGGGACCGCUGCAUCCGCGUCUCGGCGAGCUUAGCUUUCCGGCGGUGCCCGAAAUUCCGACUUUUCUGCGCUCGGAGUCCGCGCAACGAACUCGAAAAGAAUAGAUUUGGUGUAUGGACAUAUGAUGAGGGGGAGAAGAGGCAGGCCGCCCAAAACCGUGUUGAUGCAGGAGCCCUCUUCGGGGCCGGUGCGAGGGCUCAGACCCCGCCGAGCGCUUAAGGUAAAGGCGAGAGGGGGAGCGGACGAAGAUUUCGUGACUCCCGCUAAGCGGGGGAAUCACCAUUCGUCGCGGGGCCGGAGGAAAGCGGGGUCGGCGGGAUCGAGGGGCAGAGGCAGGGGUAGAGGAGCUGCUGUAAGAGGCAGAGGGAGACGGAGCGCCGCCAGCGCCGUGGUCUACGACGACCACGAGAGCGACGAGGAGGACGACGCCGAGAGCUUGGCGUCUGAGGAGGACGAGGAGGUUGAAGAGGACCCCAUAACGGACGAGGAGGAAGAGGUCAUCGACAACGAGUCGGACUACCUCGAAGAACUGCCCGAGGAUGAGGAGGAUGAUGCGAGCUACUGUACGGAGAGCAGCCACGGCAGCACCCCGGGCCGGAGGAGACGGAGAGCCCGUCGGCCACGCUCUCCCAUCCUGGAGCAGAAAGAGAUCCCUGCACUGGAGCUGCCCACCUCCUCUGAAGACCUCCUCAUUCCUGCCGAGCAUCUGCUCAACGCCUCAUCCAUUUACGAGGUCUUGCGCAACUUCAGCACGGUUCUGCGUCUUUCACCCUUCCGUUUCGAGGACUUCUGCGCAGCCCUGGUAAGUCAGGAGCAGUGCACACUGAUGGCUGAGACGCAUAUCGCCCUGCUGAAGGCCAUCCUGCGUGAGGAGGACACGUCCAACACCACCUUCGGCCCGGCUGACCUCAAAGACAGCGUCAACUCCACACUCUACUUCAUUGAUGGCAUGACCUGGCCGGAGGUAGUGCGGUCUUACUGCGAGAGUGACCCUGAGUACCGGGACGUCCUGCCGCACCUGGAGGGUGAGGACUACCCCUUCGGGCCGCUGGAGAGCAAGGUGAAGGUCCUUCAGUUCCUGGUGGACCAGUUUUUGACCACAAACCUAGCGCGCGAGGAGCUGAUGUCGGAGGGCGUGGUUCAGUACGACGAUCACUGCCGCGUGUGCCACCGGCUCGGUGACCUGCUGUGCUGUGAGACCUGCUCGGCCGUGUACCACCUGGAGUGCGUGAAGCCUCCUCUGGAGGAGGUGCCCGAGGAUGAGUGGCAGUGCGAGGUGUGCGUGGCGCACAAAGUGCCUGGUGUCACCGACUGCGUGAUGGAGGUUCAGAAGAGCCGACCAUACCUCCGCCAAGAGCCAAUCGGAUACGACCGCCACCAGAGGAAGUACUGGUUCCUGAACCGGAGAAUCAUUGUUGAGGAGGACGGCGAGGCAGAGGUGGGGAAGAAGAUCUGGUACUACAGCUCUAAAGUGCAGCUGGGGGAGCUAAUGGAGCUGCUGGAUAAAGAGUUCUGGGAGAAUGAUCUGUGUGCUGUUCUGGAGGAGCUGAGGGAGGAGAUCCACGCUCACAUGGACAUCACUGAGGAGCUCACAAACAAGGCCCGCGGCAACAACAAGGCCUACCUCACCGUCGUCAACGAUGAGAUCUUGGACCGGCUGAAGGCCCGGCAGGAGGCAGAGCUUGAUGAGGUGAAACGGCGUACAGAUGAGAAGGCCAGGCAGGGGUUAAAGGUUGGUGAGGGUGAUAAUGCGGUCUCAUCUGCUGCUGAUGGCUCUACUCCACAACAAGAUUCAGGAGAUGGGAAUGCAGUGAGCGAGAAGACUGCGGCUGAUGCCGCAACUCCUCCUGCUGCUGAGGACAGUAGCAUCAGCGUGUCUGGGCGCCCUCAGGCUGACCCGCUUAACCCGUCUAAAAUCGACCCCCAAAGCCCUCCAGCAGGCGCUGCCACCCCUGCCUCCUCCACUGCAGCUGCAGAAGAACCUGGGGAAGGGGCUGAGGUGGAGAGGGAACGGGCAGAUAAAAGCUCAGAGUCAGGUUGUCAAGGUGAUGGGGAGCCUGUCCUGGAAACUGAACCUCCACAGACUGCUGAUGAAAACAGCUGCAGCAGUCACUUCUCUAUCUCUGACUGCCUGAGGCCCCCAGAGGAGCCAGACCUGGCUGACCGCUCUUCACAAUCUUCCAUCAACAGCCAGGACGAUGCAGGUGAGGGUAAAGGAAAUGGAGAAGGUACGAGGACAGGGUCGUCUAUGCGCAUGGUGACACGUCUGCGCAAUCCUGACAGCAAACUGAGCCAGCGCAAGAUCAUGCAGGACAAGGAUGGUAGCUCGCAGGAUGGCAGCAAAGCACUUAAAGAGACCCCUCCGCUAAUGACCUAUGGCUCUGUCAGGAAAGAUCUUGCUGGAAAGAGCAACUCUAACAGUGGUUUCUUCAAGCUUGGCCAGGAGGGCAAGUUCCGCGUCUACCACAACCAGUACAGCACAAACACCCUGGCCCUUAACAAGCACCAGCACCGCGAGGACCAUGACAAGCGCCGGCACCUCUCUCACAAGUUCUGUAUGACCACCGCUGGCGAGUUUAAGUGGAAUGGCUCCGUCCACGGCUCCAAAACGCUGACCGUGUCCACUCUGAGACUGACCAUCAUCCAGCUGGAGAACAACGUCCCUGCUCCCUUCCUGCAUCCCAACUGGGCCUCGCACAGGUCAAACUGGAUAAAGGCAGUCCAGAUGUGCAGCAAAGCACGAGAGUUUGCCUUAGCUUUGGCCAUUUUAGAGUGUGCAAUCAAACCAGUGGUUAUGCUCCCAGUCUGGAAGGACUCUCUGGGUCACACAAGGCUUCAUCGAAUGACCUCUAUGGAGCGGGAGGAGAAAGAAAAGGUGAAAAAGAGAGAGAAAAAACUGGAAGAUGAAGAGACAAUGCAGCAGGCCACGUGGGUGAAGUACACAUUCCCCAUUAAGCACCAGGUGUGGAAACAGAAAGGGGAGGAGUACAGAGUGACUGGGUAUGGUGGUUGGAGCUGGGUCAGUAAGACCUAUGUCCACCGCUUUGUCCCCAGACUACCUGGAAACACAAAUGUCAACUAUCGAAAAGCACUUGAGGCUGCUAAAAUUGGCAAUGAAAACGAAACAUCCCACCCGCAGAAACAAAAUAGCCCUUCAGAAACGCAUGAAGUCUCUGAUUCCAUCCAAAAGCCUGGAAAGGAAGACAAACAGCAAAAUUCCGUUCCUGAAUCCACAACAGAACCUUUUUCAGCUGAGGAGCAAACCCUGAAAGAGCAGGAUGAAAAAGAGGAGGAAAAGAUGGAGGUGGAUGAGAAGGCUGUGGAUAAGAAUGAUCACCUCUCCAAGAAUGAAUCCUCUGAACAAAUGGACACUAUAGCCUCUAACUCCACUAGUUCCAAUGAGGAAAAAGUUAAUGUUACCACAUCUUCGUCUUUGCUGAAUGACCAAUCUCUCAAAGGGGAGGCUGUUGAUGGUGAAGAGUCCAGAGUCAGUGCAGCAACUUCUCAGGCAUCCUUCGACUAUGAAGUUGUGAACGUCAGUGAAGGCUUCCAGCUGCGCACAGCAUACAAGAAGAAAGUCAAAGCAUCGAAGCUUGAUGGCCUUCUGGAACGACGAGUCAGACAGUUCACCUUGGAAGAGAGGCAGAGGCUGGAGAUGCUUAAGCAAACGGCCAUCUCUAAGCCAGCCACUGAGAAGGUAAAGGAGGAUCAGGAGACAACCACCUCGUCCACAAAUCAAGAGUUGAAAACUGAAGGAACCACCCCUAUUCCUCCAAAAGCUGUGGAAGCUGAUGGGGUAGUAGAGCCAGUAAUGAAGGACAAAGAUCCUGUGGUCCAAAAGCUUGAAUUUGACCAAGAGGAGGAGCAGGUGAAACCCAAUUCCUUAGAACAGACUGAUAACCUUGAUGUCAGAUUGGACUCCAGUCCAAAGACUGAAACAGUGGAACAAGGACAGAAAACAGGAACAGAAGCAGAGCACAAAACGGGCAACGGAGCACCAGUAACAACUGCUGCUGCGUUUAAUGGAGGUCCACAGCAAGAUCUGGAAACAGAUCUUGAAGUAAAACCUGAAACGGCUUGUCCUAAAAUUGUGGAUGCAGAGGGGAAGACUCCAGUUGAAAACAGCUCUUCCAUUAGUGAGAAUGGUUUAAAUGUAGAAAAAACUUUGCCAGUACAUGUAAAUGGAAAAGAUGGUUCCAUAGACUCUCCCCCCGCAAAUCUCCCCAAUAAUAUUAAUUCUAAAGAGAUUAUGCAGACUAUGGAAGAUGAGACUAGAGUGGUACCACAAAAAGAACCCCUGAAAUCGCUAAUGAAUGGCGACUUGGCUCAAGAAGGUCAGAAAGAGAAGGCUGAGCCUGAUGAGGAACCAGUGGUGGCCAAGUCAGACUCUGAGUAUCUGCCACCUCAGAAGAUAGCUAAGCUGGAGAACAGCACAGAAGGCAUUGUUGACUCGACGGUUAGUUCUGCUCUAUCCCAGCCUACCCCAACAGAAGCUAGCUUAAAACCAGAUGUGCUUAAUAACAGUGCCAAGGUGGCGUCAAUAGAGACUGAGGAAGCCAAGCUUAAAUCUCUCAGUCCAUCAUCCAUUCCAUCUGGGGAUGAGUCCAGCCUUAGCAGUGACGUUCCUGAGAACAGCAAUAGCAGUGGUAGUGGGACUAAGACCAUAAUUACGCAAGUUACCACAACUACCACUACCACCACUACGGUUUCCACUGAGUCACGUACUGUCCAGUUAGCAGAAGUAUCAAGCACACUUGAUGGUACUGCUAGCAAUAAUGCUUCUACCGUGAAUGCAUUGGCUGAACCAAAGGUGGAGUCCACCACAACAGUCUCUACUCUUUCUACUACAACUACCACCACUGUUACCAAGGUUACUAAUCCAGUCCUUGGAGCCAAGGUAACAGAGGAGAGCAAGACUGUUGUCACAGCAACGCUAACUGAUGCUAAAUCAGGGCCUUCAGGUUCCUCUGUGAGCUCCAUGACCGUGAGUAAGGAGUACACCACUAAAGACAGGGUACGACUGAUGAAAUUUUCCCGCUCCAAGAAGACCCGGUCAGGGACAGCACUGCCUUCUUACCGCAAGUUCGUAACCAAGAGCAGCAAGAAAAGCAUCUUCGUCCUUCCCAACGAUGAGCUGAAGAAGCUUGCGCGGCGAGCCGGUAUCCGUGAGGUGCCCAUAUUCAACUACAAUGCCAAACCGGCUUUAGACAUCUGGCCAUAUCCAUCCCCAAGACCCACAUUUGGAAUCACGUGGAGGUACCGGCUCCAGACCGUGAGGUCUUUGGCUGGAGUAAGCCUGAUGUUACGGCUGCUCUGGGCUUGUCUCAGAUGGGACGACAUGGCAGUGAAGCCCUCUCCCGCUGUGGGAACCACACGGACAGAAACAUCUGAGACUGAUAUCACCACCACAGAGAUUAUCAAACGGAGAGAUGUGGGGCCUUAUGGCAUUCGAUCAGAGUACUGCAUCAGGAAAAUUAUUUGUCCACUGGGAGUGCCUGACACUCCCAAAGAGACCCCCACACCCCAAAGAAAAGGCCUGCGCUCCAGUGCUCUGCGGCCAAAGAAACCAGAGCCUUCUAAACAGACAGGGCCUGUAGUGAUUGAGACGUGGGUGCCAGAGGAGGAUCUGGAGCUCUGGGAGAUACGAGCCUUUACUGAAAGAGUUGAGAGGGAAAAGGCACAGGCAGCAGACCCAACUAAGGUUAGUGUGCAGAAGAAAGCUGAAGAGGUCAAGGCCCAAUUGGAAGCUCAGCUAAAGCACCAGAGAUUGGCAGCCCAGCAGAAACGGUUGGAGCAGCAAAAACCUGGAGGCACCACCACCACCUCCACCUUGACCAGCACUCCCACCAGCGCUGGAUCCUCCACCCAGAAGGUGGUGGUAGGCUCUUUGACCAGUCCGGUCACCCCUGGGACGAAAGUAGUACUGGCCACCAAGUUAGGUACACCGGUGACAUUCCAGCAGAACAAGAACUUCCAGCAGACCUUUGCCUCCUGGGUCAAGCAGGGCCAAGGUAAUACAGCCUCUACAACUUCUGUUACCACGGUAGCAGCAAGUAGCUACAGCACAUCUGGGCAAACGUUCCAGAUCGCUGCUGCCCCGGGCUCGAAGGCUGGCAAUGUCCUCACCGCCAAACUGCCUCUGCCGGCCAACAGCAAGAUAGUCACAGUGAACGUGCCAACCACCCAAGGAGGUGUGGUCCAGGUACAGCAGAAGGUAGUGGGCAUCAUUCCAUCCAGCACAGCAGGCACUGCCCAGUCCUUUUCUUCAUUCCAGCCACGUUCAGCUAGCGUCAACAUCCGGCCCAAUACCACCACCACCACACAGCAGGUUACAACGACUGGAGCCCCUCUCCGGCCUGGGAUGACAGUGGUUCGUUCCCCUAUUCAGCAGGCCACAGCUUUAGGCAAGACCAUCAUCCGCACCCCCCUAACGGUUCAACAAGGUAUUCUUCCUGCAAGUCAGGGCCAGCAGGUGGUCACUCAGAUCAUCCGUGGAACUCCCGUAUCCAAGGCUGUGACUAGCGGCAGCCCGAUACAGGCUGGCGUAGGCACUCCCCCUCGGCCCUCCACCCCAGGCCAGCCUCAGACCCCCCAGACGCCCACUGGUGCCCGGCCACAACAGGGCCAAGUUAAACUCACCCUGGCUCAGCUCACACAACUCACACAGGGUGCUCAGGGAGGGAAUCCAGGUUUGACUGUAGUGAUCCAGGGCCAGGGCCAGACCACAGGCCAGCUCCAGGUCAUCCCACAAGGGGUGACCGUGAUACCAGGUCCUGGGCAGCAGCUCAUGCAGGCAGCCAUGCCAAACGGCCAGGUCCAGCGCUUCCUCUUCACCCCCAUGCCCCCUGCACCAGCUCCUGCAGCCCCUGCCGUAUCCACACCCAGUACCUCUGCCACCCCAGUUACCACUACCGCCACCACUACCACACCUACAACGCCCACACAUCCAGUGAGGCAACCUGCAGCACAGGCCCAACCUCCUGUCCAACCAUCCAACCUUCCAUCGUCUCCACCCUCUCUCCCUGCACCCCAACCUGUCCAGCAUCCAGUCACCCCAGCCCAAACCCCAACACCUGCUUCUCCACUCCAGACACCUCAAACCCAUAUUUCUUCACCUCAGCCCCAGCUCCAGCCGCAGCCCCAAAUUCAACCUCAGCCCCAGUUACAGCCGCAGCCCCGAAUUCAACCUCUACCCCAACUGCAGCCACAGCCCCAAAUUCAACCUCAGCCACAAAUACAGCCCCAACCACAAAUUCAACCCCAACUUCAAAUACAGCCCCAAUCACAACUUCAAACUCAGCCUCAGCCCCAAUCCCAAGUCCAGUUGCAACCCCAGCUUCAUCCACAGCCCCAAAUCCAGCCACAGCCUCAACCCCUGACUCAACCACUGCCACAGCCUCCACCCCAAACUCAACCACUGCCACAGCCCCAACUUCAGCUACAGACCCAACCUCAACUUCAGCAUCAGCCUCAACCUCACCUACCUGCUCAAACCCCAGUACAGCAGUCUCCUCCCUUAUCUGUCUCUCACGUCGCCCAGGUUGCCUCCCCUCCAACACAGGUAGCCUCCAUUGCCGUAGCCCCACAGGUGACCCAGACCACAGUAACGCAAGUUCGACCUCAGAUCCAGCUCCCCGCCCAGCUCCUCAGUGUGCCAGGUCUCCAGCAGCAAGUCCUCUCCCACAUCCAAAACCAGGUUGCGGCCCAGCUCCAGGCCCAGGCCCAGCAGGGCACCCUUCCCCAGCAGAUCAAGCUGCAGCUCCCCAUCCAGAUCCAGCAGCAGGGUGGAGGACAGAUGCAGACGCAUCAGAUACAGAAUGUGGUGACCAUCCAGACAGCCAGUGUGCAGGAGCAGCUCCAGCGCAUUCAGCAGCUGCGAGACCAGCAACAGAAGAAAAAGCAACAGCAGGAGGCUAAGAAAGAGCAUGCUCAACAGGCCACCAGCCAGAGCGACCUGCUGCAGAAACAGGUGGUGAUGAAGCAGAAUGCAGUCAUAGAGCACUUAAAGCAGAAGAAAACCAUGACUCCUGCAGAAAGGGAGGAGAACCAGAGAAUGAUCGUGUGUAACCAGGUGAUGAAGUUUAUCCUGGACAAGAUCGACAAGGAUGAGAAGCAGGCAGCUAAAAAGAAGAAGAGGGAGGAGUCGGUGGAGCAGAAGCGCAGCAAACAGAAUGCCAGCAAGCUCUCAGCUCUGCUCUUCAAACACAAGGAACAGCUCAAAGCUGAGAUCCUGAAGAAGAGGGCAUUGCUGGAUAAGGAGCUACAGGUGGAAGUACAGGAGGAGUUGAGGAAGGAUCUGAGCAAGUUGAGAAGAGAGAAAGAGAAGGCUCAGGCUGCAGCCUCUCAGGCAGCCGCUGCAGCCGCCAGUGCCCAGGCAGCUGCCCACGCUGCGGCCACCGCCACUCCAGUCACCUCCUCGGCCUCCAGCCACAAACGCAAGCGCGAUGAGGACCGUGAUGGAACCUCGUCGAAGAGCAAGAAGAAGAAGAUGAUCUCUACGUCCUCAAAGGACAGCAAGAGAGAUACCAAGCUGUACUGUGUAUGCAAAACGCCCUACGACGAAUCUAAGUUUUAUAUCGGUUGUGAUCUCUGCUCAAACUGGUAUCACGGUGAAUGUGUGGGCAUCACAGAGAAGGAGGCAAAGAAGAUGGAUGACUAUAUUUGCACAGAGUGUAAAAGAGCACAGGAGGGCACCUCAGAGGAGCUCUACUGUAUCUGCAGAACGCCUUAUGAUGAGUCCCAGUUUUACAUUGGCUGCGACCGUUGCCAGAACUGGUACCAUGGGCGCUGUGUGGGCAUUCUGCAGAGUGAGGCCACUCAUAUCGAUGAGUACGUGUGCCCACAGUGUCAGUCUACGGAGGAGGCCAUGACGGUCUUGACGCCGCUCACAGACAAGGACUAUGAGGGCUUAAAGCGAAUCCUUCGCUCCUUACAGGCCCAUAAGAUGGCAUGGCCGUUCCUGGAACCAGUAGAUCCUAACGAUGCUCCAGAUUACUAUGGGGUCAUAAAGGAACCAAUGGACCUGUCUACAAUAGAGCAGAGGAUACAGAAGCGAUUUUACAGCAAGCUAACAGAGUUUGUAGCGGACAUGACCAAAAUUUUCGACAACUGCCGCUACUACAACCCCAGUGACUCACCUUUUUAUCAGUGCGCCGAGUUCUUGGAAUCCUUCUUUGUACAGAAGCUCAAAGCUUUCAAAGCAAGCAGGUCUCAUAACAACAAACUACAGUCUUCAGCCUCAUAGAACACAACCACAUGCAGUGCUAAAACUCGCCCAAAAGGAGUUUUUUGUUUUGUUUUGAGGGGAGUUGUGGGGGAAUGGGGAGAUCUUUUGGACAGUCGACCCACAAGAUGGACCCAGUCUUCUCGGAAGCCCUACACGUUCUCAAUUUUUCUCUAUCUCUCCUUGAACCGAUGGUUCUUCCCCAUCAACCAGCAUCGCACAGAACUGCAGCGUUCAAAGGACGUUCUCUUUGACCUGCCCAGCUCUCUAACUAUGGAGGAAUUACAUCGCGCAUUUUGUAACGAUUGUUACCUCAAAGCAGUGACUUUUGAAUGGGAUGCCCUUUUGCCCCCCCUCUUUU